UCGGACGGUUGUGUGUUCUAAAGCAGCUCGGUGCACAGAGAGCUCCCACACAGAGACACACAGUCCCCGCAGUGAUCCGAGCCCUGCGUGUGUGUGUGUGUGUGUGUGUGUGAGUGGGGAUCGACACAUAGUCAAUGCAUCGAUCGUGUGACAGAUGGGCCAUUGUGUGAGAGCUACGACUCGACACUAAACAUGACCUCCAGCGUCACACGUAGCGAGCGGAGCGUGCGGGUGGGAGUUGUCUGCUGGAAACGCAUUGUUGUGUUGGGGGAUGAACCGUCCGCAGAGCCGCUGCUGCUAUCCGGUCGACCGCGGCUAGCGAGAGGCUGUAGCCCCUGAAGGCUCCGCGAAGCAGCCCCUUCCCGGCGGGAACCCACAGGCACCACGAAGGCCCGGUUCUCCUUUCGCGAGCAGCGGUGAAGCCCCCCAGCUGCACCCGGUGGAUGAGAACACUGUGUGCGGGUACAGAGCCGCUCAGCAGGCCCGCUCCCCUCUGCUUUGUACGGCUGCUGGCUAGCUCCCCUCCUCCUCCUCCUCGGCUAGCCAAACUGCUGGAGCACCCGAGCAACACGGAGCGUCACGAUGAAGAAGAAAGCUCGGCAGCACCGGGUUGCGGUGCCGCAGAGGCCAUCGUCUCCCAUCAUGCCUUCCCCCAACAAGCAGAUCCUGACCUACGCCCAGGCGCAGCGCAUAGUGGAGUUUGACAUUGAUGGCCGCCUCCAUCGCCUCAGCGUCUACGACAGGCUGGAUGUGAUCUCGGACGACGACCCCAUGGCGCAGGAGAUGAUGGAGUGCACCAGUAAUAAAGAAAAUGCUGAGAAACCACAGCAAGUCCUCCUGAGGUCAGUUCGAUUAAAAAACAGCCAGGAGAAGAGAAACGCUGCACUGGGCAUCACUAGUCCUGGAGAAGGGGCGGGGCAACAGGCCAGCGCUAAUGCUGGCCCGAAGCUUCCCGAGCCGAAGUUCCGUGCAGUGGAAUAUAACCUUCCAGCAGUUCCGAAGCGUCCAGCCAGGUUUUAUAAGUACAUAGAGAAAACCGAGGAAGAGUUAGAUGAGGAAACAGAGUAUGACAUGGACGAGGAAGACUACGCGUGGCUAGAGUUGGUGAAUGAAAAACGGCGAAGCGAAGGAGUCAGCCAGGUCUCCCACAACGUCUUUGAGUUCCUCGUGGACCGCUUUGAGAAAGAACUGCACCUAGAGAGCCUGGAUCAAGGCUGCGAAAAGCAAGCCGCCAUCGACGAGGACGCUGUCUGCUGCAUCUGCAUGGACGGCGAGUGUCACAACAGCAACGCUAUUUUAUUUUGCGACAUGUGCAACGUUCCUGUGCACCAGGAAUGUUACGGCGUGCCCUACAUCCCCGAGGGCCAGUGGCUGUGCAGACACUGCCUCCAGUCACCCACCCGGGCGGCAGACUGCAUCCUUUGCCCCAACCAGGGGGGAGCGGUGAAGCAGACGGACGACGACCGCUGGGGCCACGUGGUGUGCGCCCUGUGGGUCCCCGAGGUCGGCUUCUCCAACACCACCUUCAUCGAGCCCAUCGACGGCGUCAGCCACAUUCCUCCGGCCCGCUGGAAGCUCACCUGCUACCUCUGCAAGGAGAGAGGGGUCGGGGCGUGCAUCCAGUGCCACAAAGCCAACUGUUACACUGCCUUCCAUGUCAGCUGUGCCCAGAAGGCAGGCCUCUUCAUGAAGAUGGAACCCAUCAAGGAGGUGACAGACACAGGGGAGCCCACGUUCUCUGUGAAGAAAACCGCCUACUGUGGAGCUCACACACCGAGUGGCUGUGUGAGGAGGCCGCUUACCAUCUAUGAUGAGGCCAAACCCAAAAAUGGACUAUGUAGGAAAAUGGACAAAGGGAGAGCCGCUGGUAAAGGGCAUUCAAAAGGAAAGAAAAAGAGUAAGAGUAAAAAGGCUGAGCCUGAAGUUGAAAGUGAAGCUGCAACGCCUGCUACUGUGCCUUCGUUUCCUGCUCACAGGUUACAAACCAUUCUCAACCAGGUGUCAGUCACGAAGAAGAAAGCUUUUGUGGAGCUGGUCCUAAAUUACUGGAAACUGAAGAGGCAAUCUAGGAACGGGCUUCCUCUCCUGAGACGCCUUCAGACAAGCCUGCAGUCCCAGAAGAAUGCACAACCGAAGCAGAAUGAGGAGGAGAGCAGAACAUUAAAAGACCAGUUAAAGGAAUGGCACCGUCUCAGACACGACCUGGAGCGGGCCCGGCUGCUGCUGGAGUUAAUCCGCAAGCGGGAGAAGCUCAAGAGGGAAGAGAUGAAGCUGCAGGAGACUCUCCUGGAGAUGCAGCUCACUCCCUUCAGUAUUUUGCUCAGAGCUCUGUUGGACCAGCUUCAAGCUAAAGACCAGGCCAAGAUCUUCAUCCAGCCAGUUGAUCUUACUGAGGUGCCCGACUACCUCGACCACAUCAAGCACCCAAUGGACUUCUCCACCAUACGGCAGCGCAUUGACGCCCAGGCCUACAGCAACUUUCAGCAGUUUGAAAGCGACUUCAAUCUCAUAGUUGAAAACUGCAUGAAGUAUAACUCAAAGGACACCUAUUUCUAUCGGGCCGCUGUUCGCCUCCGAGAUCUGGGCGGGGCCCUGCUCAGAAAGGCGCGUCGUGAUGUGGAGAAAAUCGGCUUCGACACGGAGAGCGGCAUGCAUCUAGCAGAGGAGCCGGAAAUUAAAACAUCGACAUCCUUUUCCUGGGAGGACGUGGACCGCCUACUUGUACCAGCCAAUCGGGAGCAUCUGCCCCUGGACAAGCAGCUGAAGCAGCUACUGGAGAAGUUUGACCAGACCUGUGGCAUGAAGUCCAGCCCCUCCCGCAGCAAGCGAGUCAAGCUCCUCAAGAAGACCAUCAACGACGUUCGCAGCGAAAUGAGCCUAAAAAGAGUCCUACCCUCCCACCGCCACCACUGCUCUUCCUCAACAACUCCCUCCACAUCCACAUCCUCUUCAUCGGCUCCCUCCCACCCAGAGACGGGGAGACCUAAAGAAGAGAGACCGAAGUCCAAUGGACAUUUUCCAGACGAUGACAGUGACAAGUGUCUUCCUCCCAAACUGGAGCCCUCAGACUCCAUACCCCCUCAUAUCCACUCAGACACAGACCCCGAGCCCCCCACCCUCAAACCGAUCGACGACGGCCCAGAUUGCGAUCACAAGCCUCUCUCCAAGCGAGUCAAGUUUGACGCCGAGAUCCCGGACCUACUCCCCUCCGCUCCACGCCUCAACGGCCACUUGCACGACGGCCUCCAAAACUCUUUGCUGGACGGAGACGUGAGCGUUGUAGCCACGUCCACUCUCGCCGAGCCCACGCGGACAGUGAGCCGCCGGACCGCCGUGCUCUUCCGCAAGUCGAAGGCCGCCAGUUCCCACAGGCCCCAGCGGAGCAGAGACGAGGGGGGGGACCGCGUCACCAGAAAAGAAGGGCAGGAGGAGGAAGACGAAGACGGCGCGCAGCUGGGUUCCCAAUCCUUCCUGUCAGUGGUCAUACCCAGGCUGGAGACGCUGCUGCACGGCAAGAAGAGGAAGAGAAGCGGCAGCGGAGACAGCGAGGAGGACGAGGAGGAGGGGGGAGAAGAGGGGGAGCAUGAAGAGGAGGGGGAGUCUCCCAUCAAACGGCUCGACACUGGUCUGUCGAGUGGUUUCCUGGAGGUGGAGGAGGACAAGGAGCUGGAGGAACCCAGUCGAACCAGCAGACCUGUGGAGCCACGAAGACGCUGUGCCUCCGAGUCCUCCAUCUCCUCGUGUAGCAGCUUGCCAGGAAGCACCAGCACCAUUCUCAGUCUUCCAAAAUGUGGGAAGGGAAAACCUGCCUUGGUCCGGAGAAACACUGUGGACGAUAAGAGCGAAUUAAUCGCCUGCAUCGAAACCGGGAACUUUGCAAAGGCAGCACGAAUCGCUGCUGAGGUUGGCAACAGCAAUAUCUGGAUGCCCGCUAGUGCUGCAACCGUUACAUUGGAACCCUUAAAGCUAGUUUGGGCCAAAUGUAGUGGAUACCCUUCCUACCCAGCCUUGAUCGUGGACCCCCACAUGCCGCGAGUGGGCUGCCAGCACAACGGGGUGUCCAUCCCCAUGCCCCCCAUGGACGUGCUCCGCAUCGGCGAGCAGAUGCAGUACAAAGCCGAAGAGCAACUCUACCUCGUCCUCUUCUUCGACAACAAGCGCAGCUGGCAGUGGCUUCCCAGAUCCAAGAUGGUUCCUCUGGGGAUGGACAAGACCAUCGACAAGAUCAAAAUGAUGGAGGGACGCACGUCCAGCAUCCGCAAGGCGGUCCAGAUCGCCUACAGCCGCGCCAUGAACCACCUGAGCAUCGUGCAGGACGAGCCGGUCAGCGACCUCAGCGACGUGGACUGAUGACGCUAGCUCGGCCUGCCUCACCCUCACACAUACAUGCAAACUUGUACCUCUCCUCUACCAAAUACCCUCGCCUCCACCCCCCUCUUUCUCUCUCUCUCUCUCUCUCUGUCUCUCUGCAGGAGACUCAAAUGUUUACUGGGCACCUGCUUUAACAGGUGGGGUCUGCUCCUCCAUUCCUACUCGUACACACUCCCCCUACCAUGUGCCGAUGGGAUACGGCUGCUGCUGAAAUGAAUGUGUCUAUCUGUCCUCUCCACCUCCAGGCUUGUGACUGCGCUCAGAGACUGCUCCCCCCCUUCUUUUUUUUUAAUUUUGUCACUCCCACCGUCACUCCACCAAUCAUGUCACUGUCAUUUUCAUUUAUCACUUCGGGGCAUAAAAACACCGUAGUGAUUCAUUCCGUACAUUUCUGAUGUGUCCAGGGUAUCAUGGCCUGCUAGUGAGACAGAAAGUAAACCAGGGGUUGUGGUAUUUUUGGUUGCUGCUGAUUCAUUUUUCAACUUGGGCUACAUCCACACUUAUUGUUUGAAAACGCCAUCUCUGCCACGGAUACGCCUGGAGCCGCUGUUGACAGGUGGAAACAGAGAUGUUUGGAAUUGAUGCUGUAAACACUCAUUGGGUCUUUAGCCUUCGCUGAUUCGUCGGGAAAGCGUAGCAGAGUGGUUGUAGCCUCGGUCCGUUAUUUCGUUGUUUUCGUUACAAGUUUCAUAAAAAAAACGAAGCAUCUAGUAGCUGAUAAAGCAGCUAAAGUGGAUUCAAAUCAAAUCAUGUACAUUUCCUGCCUUCACGAAGGCUCUGCAGUUGUGUUAAAUCAUCUGUAUCCAAAGCUUAUGUUUAUGUUUAACAUUUACGUACUGACGUCAUCUCCAUUUACAGAAUCUCUUCCUUUUGUAUUUAAACUGUAAAUAACAUGUACAGUUGCCUGAUACUAACUUAUUUUGUAGUUUUGACAGAAAUGGGUACUGUACAGGAGUUUUUCUUAGUAUUUAUACUUGAUUCAUUCUCGGUGACGAGGGCUGUUUUUGCCAACGCUGUGCGAUCCAGACGAAUAAAAAAGCCUUGGUAUUAGGGAGAUUAGGGCUAAAAUGUCAUGCUCCUGAAACAUAUGAAAGAAUUCCCUUCAUUUUUUUAACUUAUUGAGGUUUAUAAGCAUAAGUUUCCAUUUGGCAUUAAUCCUCUUUUUGUAUAAAAAAUAGUUUUAGUACAUUUUUGUUCAUAUAUAUAUAUUUAUAUCAUUUUUGAAUACAUGGUAAAAAACAGUAUGUGAAGCUCAUACAGGCAGUCUGACGUGGACACAGAACGUAUAAUGUUCUCAAGAAACCAAAAAUGUUGCUACCCAGAUGUUUUUGUUUUGCCAAUUCUUUUUCCUGUGUGAAGUUGUUGCCAAAAAAAAGUGUAUUUUUUACGUGCUGAUACAUUUGACUGUUACUUGGUUUUUGCUGUAGUCGUAGGGGAGAUGCUGCCUGCGUUAACUUAUUGUAAAGUACUUGCAUUACUUUAUAUUCCGAGGAGACGUGAAGACUUGAUUGUGGUAAAGUGGCACAUUUUAUGGUGGCUACUUGCCUUCUUUUUAAGUAACCCCCUGUUUUUUCUAACCUUUUUUUUGUAGUUGUAGACUGAAAGACUUUUUUCAUUUUAUACUAUUGCCUAUUUCUUUUUCUGGGUAGCAUUUGGGUAGUUUUGGUAUAUUUCAUUUUGUACUUAAACUGUAGUCGUUUUUUUUAAUCAGGUCAAACUGAAAUAUCGCUGGGACUGUUUUUUUUGUAGCAAAGCAAAAAAUAAACAUACAAAUAAGAA